AUGAAGCUGUUUUUCAGGAUCGCGGGUGUAUUAUUGCUGCUGACGGGAACGAUUGCAGACUUCGACCUCUCCGAUGCUCUGGAUGACGAUAAUCCCAAAGCCACAGAACCUCCUGCUCCUCCCAAGACAAACGAUGAUUUUGGGCUGGACCUGUCUGACGCACUCGGAGGUGAUGAUCCGGUGCCUCCCAAACCUCCAGUGGUCAACAAGCCCAGUGGAGGAGGCAGUGGAGGAACUAUAAAAGACUCAGACUUGUUCGACAUUGGGGGCUACGAACCAGAGGGAGGAAAGUACGACGGGAAUGGAGGCGGAGCCGGGGAUUCUGGGUACAACUCCAACAGUGGAGGAGAUCAGCCGGUUCAAGAAGCCGGCUCUGGACAGAUCGCAGGUAUCGUGAGUGCAGUGGGUGUGGCUCUGCUCGGGGCGGCCUCCAGUUACUUUGCCUAUCAGAAGAAGAAACUGUGCUUCAAGAUACAAGGAGGUCAAGACCCGGAAAGUGGGAACCGACACGUGACGCAGUCUGAGCCUCAAGUGAUGAGUAACCUGAUCCAGUCCUGA